GCAGCUUUUCUGUCGGCCAAAGUCUGGCUCGCCUGUCUGGAGCCGCCUUAAAGGCGCAGUGUCGCUGUCUGCAGCCGCAGGGUUCUGACGGGCGACGCGGUUCGGUACGAUGCGCCUGGAAGUUCGGCUUCUGGGUGACCUGGCAGCGGUUCCUGCCCUCAGCGCCGCCUCGGACCGGACGUGUGCGGGCCGCCGGGACUGAAACGGCGGUUCCCAUGGAGGUGGGAAGCAGCAGCGGCGGCGGCGGCUCAGGUGGAUCCGUGAUGGAGGUGAGCUUCCCCAGCGCUCAGACCUCGGUGCUGGACAGCCUUAACCGGCAGAGAGAGGACGGCAGUCUCUGCGAUCUGUCCAUCCACGUCCAGGGACACGUGUUCAAGGCCCACCGCUGCGUCCUGGCCGCUUCCUCGCCGUACUUCCAUGACCAGGUGCUGCUGAAGAACAUGUCGACGGUCUCCAUCCCUGCGCUGAUGGACCCGCUGGCGUUCGAGGGCGUCCUGAGCUGCGCCUACACCGGCCAGCUGCGGAUGCUGCGCGACGACAUCGUCAACUACCUCACGGUGGGCAGCGUGCUGCAGAUGUGGCACAUCGUGGACAAAUGCACGGAGCUGCUGAAGGAGGGCCGAGCUGCUGCGGCGGGAGGCGGCGGUGGAGGAGGAGGAGGAGGAGGAGCGCAGGAUGGAGCGGGUGGAGGUCCUGCUAAUCCCGGGUGCAGCAGCAGCAGCAGCGGUGGUGAAGCUGGUGAGACCAGUAGAGCUAGGAGCUCAGACGCUGUGCAGGUUGUGGAGCCCAACGACCCCCAGAGAGUCCCCCAGCCGUCCAGUCGGCCCUCGGUGAGUGAGAGCCAGUCGCCCAGCAGCACCAACUACUUCAGCCCCCGAGACGGGAGCAGCUUCCUGGGAGGAGGCGCGGCUGCAGGGGGGGCUUCCCUGGAUGGAGGCAGAGCCAGCAACACCCCGAGCUACUGCACCCCAUCCGGAGGAGAGGAGGCCCUGCUGAUAGAGGAGGAGGAAGAGGAGGCGGAGGAAGAGGAGGAGGAGGUGAUGUACCACCAGAGGAAGAGGGGAAGAGGAGGCGGCAGCGGGAGGAGGAAGAAAGUGAGCUCAGUGCUGGAGCAGGAGGUCGGCGUCAGCGACAGCUUUGGGGUUUCCUCCUAUCAGGACGGGGAGGAGUCAGAGGUGGCGCUGCAGAAGCGUCCCACCUACAGCCAGCCCAGCAUCAUGCCCCGCAAACAGUGGGUGGUGGUGAAGACGGAACGGGCGGAGGACGACGACCUGAUCGUGGUGUCCGGAGAGGAGGGAGGGGAGGAAGAGGAGGACGAAGACGAGAGGGAGAUGGAGCUGAUCCGAGAGCGGGAGAGAGGCAACUUCAACAUCUCCAACAUCAGGAGCCUGUCGGCAGAGCUGGCGGGCCGGGCGGAGAGCGACAUGGACUCACAGGUGGACUACUGCCAGUCGACGGAGGACUACCUCAAGUUUGAAGGCAGCCUGAUCGAGCAGACCUUAGCCCAGCACCUUCAUGACAGCGCCGCGGGUCAGAACCAGAACACCAGCCGGGCCGUUUCCGCUCUGCUGGGUCAGGUCCAGUCGGCGGCCUCGGCCCGGGCCCAGCUCUUCCCUCUGGACAUGCAGGGGAACCAGAUCCUGCUCUACAGCCAGGCGUCCGGCCUCUCCCUGGACCCGGCCGCGCCCGCGCUGGGCAUGAUGGGCGGAGCCUCUUUCAAAGCGCCCGGCCUGGAGCACGGCGCCGUCCAGCUGCAGGCCGGGCUGGGGGCGGACGGCUCGGGCGGCGGCGGCGGCGUCGCGGGCGGAGGCGGUGGCGGCGGCGGCUCCGGGGGGACCACCAAGGUGUUCAUGUGUCACUGUGGGAAGACGUUCACCCACAAGAGCAUGAGGGACCGGCACAUCAACAUGCACCUGGACCUGCGGCCGUUCCACUGCCCCGUCUGCGCCAAGAAGUUCAAGAUGAAGCACCACCUGACGGAGCACAUGAAGACCCACACCGGCCUCAAGCCCUACGACUGCCUCGGCUGCGGCAAGAAGUUCAUGUGGCGCGACAGCUUCAUGCGCCACCGCUCGCACUGCGAGAGGCGCGGCGGGCCGGCGGAGGCCGGAGAGGGCGGGGCGAGCGGCGAGGCGGGGCGGCGAGGAGGAGAGGACGGCCCGGAUUACACCUCCACCGCCCACCUCCUCCUGCCUGCAGCCGACGGAGGUCAGGGAGGAGGACCGAGAGGAGGAGGAGGAGGAGCGUCUGGGUCUGGUGUGGGAGGAAGCCAACAUGGCAGCAACGCCGCCGCCGCAGGGGCGCUGCUGGGGGGGGGCUCCCAGAGUCCGGGUCCGGAUCCGGGAUCAGGGAUCUUCGGGGGUCUGGGAUUGGCCCGGGGGGUUUGUGACGAAGACGUGUGUGAGGUCAGCGCAGAUGGGAGCAGCGUGACCUAAAGCUGGGUCUGGUCCCAUAAGUUCUCCUGGUUCUGAUGGUUCUGGUGGUUCUGGUUGUUCUCCUGGUUCUGAUGGUUCUGGUUGUUCUGGUUCUGAUGGUUCUGGUUGUUCUGGUUGUUCUCCUGGCUCCUGCUGCUGUUUCGUUCAAGUCUUUUUGUCGGUCUCACCAGGUGAAUCAGACCUGUAGAUUCAGAUCUGCUCUGCGUGUCGUUCAGUUUCACGGUUCUUUCGUCCUAAACGAUUCAGUUUUUUGCACAAACAGAUUUGAAAAGUGGCCUCAUCAGAACCGGACCGUCGACCCAGAAUAAGCUGUCAGUUUAAAUAUUCUACGGUGUUCCUGAGGUUAAUUUUUCUGCGAUCCGUGGAGGAACAUGGGUUUGCUGAGAUGAACUGGAACCAUGCUGGUUUCUUG